AUGUUCGCUCAGACUGUGUGCGUGCUUGGAUUGGCGCUGUCCGUGGCGCUGGCCAUACCCAUUGAUCCCUAUGGCCCCUCGCUGCUUGCGUCGCCGGCCAUUUCCUAUGCGGCGCCCAAGCUCCUGGCCACGCCCACUCUGGUGCAGCAUGCAGCGCCCGCCUACAUAGCCGCCCCAGCACCAGCCUUGGCGGUGGCCAAGGUGGCCGUGCCCGAGCCCUACGAUCCGAAUCCCCAGUACAGUUUCUCGUACGGCGUUACCGAUCACCACACGGGCGACUCCAAACAGCAGGAGGAGUCGCUCGUCAAUGGCGUCGUCCACGGCAGCUACUCCCUGGCCGAACCGGAUGGCACCAUACGCAAGGUGACCUACACCGCGGACAAAGUGAACGGCUUCAAUGCGGUUGUUGAGAAGAAGGGCGUGGCCGUUGUCGCCAAGCCCGCCCUGGCCGUCGCCAAGGUGGCGCUGCCCACGCUCACCAAGAUUGGAUACGCCGCGCCCGCCUACGGCGGCUCCGGCUACGGCGGACACUACUAG